CUCCUCAGGUGAAUCUGAGACAGGCGGAGAGAAGCAGAGAGACUCGGAGGAGAAAUGAUCCAUCAGACAAACCCAUGAAGAGGAUUUCUGACAGGAUUUACCAUCAGCAGUUUGUGGCUCUGCAGGACGAAGACGAGUGGCUGUGAAGAUGAGAAGAAGAGGAGAACAGCAGGACGACAAUGCCACGCUCAUCGCCAUGGAAACCACAGCCGGGACGAGCUAUGGCAGCAUCGUCACGAAUGCACCUCUUCAGCCUGGUGACAGGAACGUGUUCAGUGACGGAUCGACUCGUGUGGACUUUGUUCUGGUGUGGGAGGAGCCUCGAGUCUCUCAAGAGGACAAGACAGGUGCUGGCCCCGCCCACAGGAAGUGGAGGGAGGAGUUUUUGAGCCGACUGAAACGCUCAGGUCUGCUGCUGGAGUGGAAGGAGGUGGUCCAGGUGAAGAAGAAGAUCUGCUUUGUCCUCCUCAGCGCUCCGUGGAGCGUCCUGUGUUACUACGCUGAGGAGAUCAGCCUGAGAGUCCCUCUGCAGGUGGUCAAUGCUCCCCUGGUGAACUGGUCCCAGAAAGUCCUGUCCCAGAUGUCUCUCCAAAGCCCGCUGAGCCAGGACGUCCCCAACCCUCCUCCAGACUACUACACCUGUCAGUUCAGGAGCAGCAAGCUCAGCAGGUUUCUGGGCAGCCAGAACAAAGAAACCUUCUUCAAGACCACCCAGAGACACCAGGUGCUCUAUGAGAUCCUGGCUCGUACCCCGUACGGCUCGGUGAAACAGGGCGAGGUGGGAAUCGACCGGCUGGUCAACGAGCAGGUCUUCAGUGCUGCCUACCCACUACACGAGGGGGACUUCCAGCUGUCGGCGGCCCCAGUGGCCCCCCAGGAUUUGGGCCUGAGACAGAUCCUGUACUCGUACUGGGCCCAGUGGUCCUGCUGGAGGCGCUACCAGCCUCUGGACCACAUCAGAGAGUACUUUGGGGAAAAGAUCGCACUCUACUUCGCCUGGCUUGGUUUCUACACGGGGUGGUUGUUCCCGGCGUCUGUCAUGGGGACGGUGAUCUUUCUGGUCGGGGUUUGGCUCAUGGCCACAGAUGUCCCAGCGAAGGAGGUUUGCGACAGCGGAAAUGGCUUCAUCAUGUGUCCUCUCUGCAACAUCUGCUCCUACUGGAACUACUCCAGCAUUUGUGUGACCUACAAGGUGGGGCUCCUGUUUGAUAAUGGGGGGACAGUGUUCUUCAGCGUCUUCAUGUCUCUGUGGGCCGUCACCUUCCUGGAGUACUGGAAGAGGACGUGUUCGGCUCUGUCUCACCGCUGGGACUGCUCUGACUUCCAGGACAUCGAGGAGCGGCCUCGUCCGGAGUUCGCCGCCAUGGCACCGAUGACGGUGAGGAACCCGGUGACCGGCGCUGAGGAGCCGUACUUCCCUGAAAAGCAGCGAUUCAGCCGAACGGUGACGGGCUGCAUGGUCAUCAUCAUCAUGGUCACGGUGGUGUUGAUGUUCCUCAUCUCCAUCAUUUUGUACCGCACCAUCCUCAGCAUCGUCAUCUACAAGUCAGCAAACAGCUUCUUCAGCUUCGCUGCAGGCCGAAUUGCCAGUUUUACUGGAUCAGUGUUGAACUUGUUGGUCAUCCUCAUGUUGUCGAAAGUUUACACGGCUCUCGCCCACCUCCUCACCCGCUGGGAGAUGCACCGUACUCAGACUAAAUAUGAAGACAUGUUCAUCCUGAAGGUUUUCAUCUUCCAGUUCGUGAACUUUUACUCGUCUCCGGUUUACAUCGCUUUCUUCAAAGGAAGGUUCAUAGGAUACCCUGGAAACUACAACACUCUGCUUGGUGUUCGUAACGAAGACUGCGGCGCCGGCGGCUGCCUGAUUGAACUCGCUCAGGAGCUGCUGGUCAUCAUGGUGGGAAAACAGCUGAUCAACAACGUCCAGGAGUUCAUCUCUCCGAAGGUGAAGUCGUGGUGGCACCGGAGGAAACUGAAGCCUCAGAAAGAGGAGAAGAAGCUGAAGGAGGCGCAGGAGGAGGAAGAGAAGGAGGAGGCGUCGCCGUGGGAACAGGACUACCAGCUGCUGGUCUGUGAGGGACUCUUCGAUGAAUACCUGGAGAUGGUGCUUCAGUUUGGUUUCAUCACCAUCUUUGUGGCCGCCUGUCCUCUGGCGCCACUCUUCGCUCUCAUCAACAACUGGGUGGAGAUCCGUCUGGACGCUCAGAAGUUUGUGACUGAAUAUCGCCGCCCGGUGGUGGAGCGGGCGCAGGACAUCGGGAUCUGGUUCCCCAUCCUGCAGUUCAUCACACACAUGGCGGUCCUGAGUAACGCGUUCCUCAUCGCCUUCACCUCGUCGUUCCUGCCGCGGCUCUACUACCGAUACACCCAAGACCGAACGCUGAGCGGCUUCAUCAACUUCACCCUGGCGACAUCGCCGCGCAGCUACAGCCAGCAACACAACACCACCUGCAGGUAUCGAGGCUUCAGGGAUGAAAAUGCAUGUGGUCUUUCUCAUCGGCCGUCUGAUUGACCUGAUGGUGCCUGAUGUCCCGGAGGAGGUGGAGAUGAAGAUGAAGAGGGAGCACUAUAUGGCCAAAGAGGCUCUAGCUGAGAACCAGGUACAACCGACCGGAACUUCAGGAGCUUCCAGCUGUCAUCUGUUCAUUCAGUUCAUUCUGUGUUGAUCUGGACUUUCAGUCUCUGGGGAAUGUCCUGAUUCUUGGUGAUAAGGACAUCUUGACCUCUGACCUGCGACGCCGUGGAUCUAAAGCCACUCCACCAAACAGCGACUCCCCUCCACCAAACCCAAUUUGAGAUCUUUAAGUGGACCACCAGGCACUAGUUGAGACUUUCGCUGACUUCUGUGAGGCGUCCACAAGAUUCAAGACAACCGGACAGAUCUCUUGAAGGAUCCUCCAUCAUUCUGCCUGAACUGUGUCCACAAGAUUUUUCCAUUUUCAGCUUGUGAUUUUCCUGCUGGAAGACCUCGAUCCAUCCGACUGCUGCGAGCCUUCUCCUCCACCUCCAGACUCUGAGCUCUGGAGCAGAUUGGAUCUACAGAAUCAACAGGAGGUGGGAUUAAUUGUUAAGAGACCUUGAAAGACCAAACCAGAGGAAGCUCUGGGGAUUCAUUUGUCACAUAUACUUCCAGAGGUCAGUGGUCUGCAUCUGUGACGUCUACAAUCAAUGUUCUUCAAGAACGAUGCCGGACGUUCUCAAGACUGCAGGACUUUCUCGACUCGACAUCUGACACACCUUAUUUCAAACCGAGGUGUUACUUUAUGAUUCAGCUUAUGAGUAUAUUCUAGAAGUAAAUAUACAGAGAGCCCGUUUCCAUGGCAACAGGUGAAAACAUGAAACUGCAAAACUUUCUUCAUGUUUUGUGUCUGCUUACAAGACGGCAGUGUGUUGUUCUCCGUGUUCUACAUUGUUAAUGUGUGUGUGUGUGUGUGUGUGUGUGUGUGUGGUGUCAUUACCAAAACAACCAACAGCGCCACCUGAUGGCCUGGCGUGCUAACUGCACUGUUUUCUGUUGUUCCCGUGGCAACGAAAGUCCUUCUCAAGAUGAGUAAAAAUGAAACUUUUCUGAAACAAAAUUAAAAAAUGACGCAUUUUCACUGGGAACGUUGUUGUGCAAGGGAGCCUGAGUUUAAUAGUACAUCUACUAUUCUUAUUGUAAAACAUUAAAAAAACGUGACCUUCAUAGCUAACCUGCUGACGGCGUAGCCCCCAUCUGAUCGACCCCCCAGCAUCAUAACAUUUUUUCUCUGCUUGUUUUUGCUGUCGUCCAAGCAGACGUAUUUUGUAUUUUUCAGAUUGUUUGAAUCCACAGAUGUGAAUUUUCACGUUGGACUGCUGAUUGCUGGAGUACUCAUCUGCUUUCAUGAACACAGAAACGUGUCAGUUGUGAUUUGACUUGUCCGAUGGAAUGGUUUUACGAAUGUCAUGAAAUGACUGUUGUGUAUUCUUGAUGUUGUGUACUGCACAGUGUGUAGUAUUGGUGAGCAUUGUACAUCGUGUCCUAUAUGUUGUCGAAUGUGUCAGUAUUUGUUCACUGUCUCUUGUAUCUUUUUUUAGCAUGAACUUACUGUUACUGUAUCAGAGUAGAUUACUUACCACAUUGUUCACAGUGAUUUACUGCUGUUAUAUGUGAAGCUGCUGAUCCCACUCAUGAACACUAGAGGGAGACCUUCCCUCAGAAAUACACCUGACCCCACACAGCCUGUUAAAUCCUGCAGUGCUGCAGAAAACGAGUUUCAUCUCUCUGAACACACACUGUAAAAUGUGAGUCACAUGGAACACACACGCGCGCGCGCGCGCGCGCACGCAGAGCCGCAAUUCUCUGACUGACACUUGAAGGACAGGGUAAUAAAU